GAUAACACAGCCAAACAUUUUGCUGCAAUGAGACACUCGUAUCUUAGCAACCCGCGCAUAUUGCUCAGUUUUGCUCACGAAUUAAGAUAUAUCUUAAUUCGUGGUUUUGCUGUUUGACGUUCGUAGUGGCGUCAUUCGCUCAAGCAACGGGCCGCCGGUCCGCUUGAAACAAUUCCAGUCGCUCGUACGUGCCGCCGUUCCGUCUCUCGCACACCCGUUUCCGGUCAGCUCUAACCGGUGGCCGCGUCUCCUCCGGUCGCAAUGCACUUCGCACUAGCCACAACGCAAGGCGGUCGCCCUACGACGGUCACCACGGCCGCGAUGUCUAAUGACAGCCCGCGGACGUCGGCCGUCCCCGCACCCACCUCCUACUUGCCGCACGCUGUGCCGUCCACGUCCCAAGGCGUCGGUGCCACCAGCGCAGACGCAUCGACAGGCCCUAAUUCCGACGACCUCACCGCCGGUGGAUCUCAGAUCACGAUGGAAGACUACAAUGACACGUCUUCGGAAGACGAAUACCAAAAGUCUGGGUCCACGUUCACCAUGGCUUUGGGCCACUACUUUUUCGAGAGGAACUUGAUCGAAACUCCAAAUAAUUACCAAGCCAGCAAACCUGUCAUAGACUAUGUGAAUUUGAAGUUUGUUGAAAACAAUUUUAGAACAUUGGGACUUGAUGAAAUGUUUGAUAAGAAUAAUAUAAGGAGAGCUGAAACGGAAUUUGAAUCGUUUGAAGUAUGGUUCUCUCACUUGAAGAAGUAUGCUGCUGACAGAGAAUAUAUCAGAGAUCUCCGUCUACCAUUGUUUUGUCAUCUUUAUUUGAAUCUAUAUGCACCACAUAAUCAUGCACGUCUACAGGCCUUUUUGAAAACAUUUAAAUAUUUAUUUGCAAGCCCUAAAGGAAAUAUUUAUCUGGAGGAGCUGCGAAAUGUUACUGAUAUAUUAAAUUUAUCACCUCGUCUUGAAUAUUUCAGACGAAACAAAUUUGUGUAUGGUGUCUCUCCUAUGUUUGUAAACCGUCUUUAUGAUUUUUUUCAAAUUAAUUUCAUGCUCCAAGUGGUGUUUCAAGAAUGGAUUGACAUUAACUAUAUUACUUAUGAAGAUCCAAGAAUAGUAUUUGAUGAAAAAUGUACCAAUAAUCAAGAACAAGUUAAUAAUUUGGAUGAAGCAAAUGCUCCAAAAACACUGAAUUUAUCUCAAAAUAAGAACAUCAAUCGCAAAGUCAAUAAUUCUAAAAAUGAUUAUUACAAUAAUCAACGUUCUUCUAUGAGUAAAGAUUUUGUUGGCUCCAGCUCUGGCUCUAGUUUUCAAGUAUCCAAUUCCAGAAAAUUGGCUAACAAUUGUGUUGAAGAUCAACAAAAACAGGAUACAAAUUCGGAACUAGACAAAAAUUUUUCGAUUAUUUGUGAACAGUCAACUGAAUAUUCUGAACAGUUAACUGAAUAUUUUAAACAGUUUUCAACUGAGGAUCGUUGCCUAGAACCAAGAUCUAGACGAUCAAAGAAGUCAACUGAUAAUUCUGAACAGUCUUCAACAGAGGAUCGUUGCCUAGAACCAAGAUCUAGACGAUCAAAGAAGUCAACUGAUAAUUCUGAACAGUCUUCAACAGAGGAUCGUUGUUUAGAACCAAGAUCUAGACGAUCAAAGAAGUCAACUGAAUAUUCUGAACAGUCUUCAACAGAGGAUCGUUGCCUAGAACCAAGAUCUAGACGAUCAAAGAAGUCAACUGAUAAUUCUGAACAGUCUUCAACAGAGGAUCGUUGCCUAGAACCAAGAUCUAGACGAUCAAAGAAGUCAACUGAUAAUUCUGAACAGUCUUCAACAGAGGAUCGUUGUUUAGAACCAAGAUCUAGACGAUCAAAGAAGUCAACUGAAUAUUCUGAACAGUCAACUGAUAAUUCUGAACAGUCUUCAACAGAGGAUCAUUAUCUAGAACCGAGAUCUAGACGAUCAAAGAAGAUAUCAAAUGAAGGGAGAAAGUCUCGUAAGCACCGAAAAAAACAUAAAUUAAGACGCAAAAAAAAAUCUACCUCUGACAACAAUUCGCAUAAAAGCUCUAAUGAAACAUCAAAUAAUGACGAACAAUUGCAGAAGAAAAUUAAAUCAAGUGACAGAAGAAAAACUACCGGUGAUCAAAAUAGUCGUUCAUGUGAAAAAUCAUUUGAAAUAUCUGAUGACGAUUACAAAGAAAAAAAGUGCAAGCGGCAAAAUAAAAGUAAUGGAAGUAAAUCCACCAACGACGAUAAUAAUAUGCAAAUGAGUGAAAGUUUAUCUGAAGUAUCUGACAGUGAACAAAAAAAGUAUAAAAGUCAAAAGAAUAGUGGCAGAUGCAAAUCUACAAAUUAUGAUAAUAACACACAAAUGAAGGAAAACUUAUCUGAAGUAUCUGAUGGAGAGAAAAAAAAAUAUAGACGACAAAAGAUAAGAGGCAAAAACAAAUCUAUUAGUGAUGAUAAUAUGCAUAUAUCAAAUGACGAUGAAAAAAAACAAAAACGGCAAAAUAAAAGAAGCAAAACCAAAUCUACCAGUGAUGAUAAUAAUCGUAUGUCUGAAAUAUCAAGUGAUGAACAAAAAUUUCAAAAACCUCAAAAUAAAAAAAAAUUAAGAGGCAAGAAAAAAUCUGACCAUAAUAUAGAUGAUAGUAGUUUAUGUGGAAGCUCGCCUGAAGAUAUUACAACAAUUUUAAUGAUAAUAAUUUUUUUGAUGAUGUCAAAGAAUCAAGAAAGCUCUAAUAAAGAUAAAGAAAUUCAUAAAUCAAAUGCCAGAAGAAAAUAUGAGCUCAUCAACAGUAAUACUAGUCUAAGUGAAAGUUGUUCAGCAGGAGAUUCUUUGGAGGAUUCCAGUUCUUUGUACUCAUCUUCUUGUGAUGAAGAACUUUUGAUGCGUAAAUAUAUGAGAAAAAUCAAAAAAUCAACUCAAUAUUUACGCUAUGAAACUUCACAUUAUUUGAAACCCAUAAAAGUUACUAAAAUUAAUUUGAAAACCCUUGAUGAAGAUUUGUAUCUACACUUAAGUCGAAAAAUAAUCUUGAAAAACUGUGGCAAAGUAUCGUGUUCUUUUUUGACUUCUGAUCAAAAUUUGGUUGUUGCUGGUUCAGUAGAUGCUUUGAUUUAUUUAUGGGAGAGAGAUAAUGAACAAUCCGUAUCAGAAGAAUCUCAUGAUGUUCUACAUACCAUUGGAAAUAUAAAUUCCAGCACUUUUUCAUCAUCAGUACAAGAAAACAAUUUAGUUGAAUAUUUGGACAAAAGUAAAGCAUUUAUAUUACGUGGACAUGGUGGACCUAUAUUUGAUUUAGCUGAAUUGCCAUCAGCUAAAAUCCUGCUCAGUGCAUCUGAUGACAAAACCUAUAGAGCUUGGGACUUGAGAACUAAACAGUGUAUAGAAAUAUACAAUGGACAUGAACAUAGGACAUGGUGUAUUGCUGCCAGCCCAUAUAGCUUGCAAGUGGCCACAGGAUCAUGUGAGGGCGCUAGCUGUUUAUGGUUUUUGAACUAUAAACGUCCGUUAAGAAUGUUUAUAGGUCAUCUCGAUGAUAUUUUGGUUCUAAAAUUCCAUCCAAAUCAAGUGUUCUUAGCUACUGGUUCAUCGGAUAAAACUGUUAGAGUGUUUGAGCUAACAACUGGUGACUGUCAUAGAGUUUUAAUGGGACACACCGAUUAUAUCACCUGUUUGGAAUUUAAUACUGAAAAUUUUAAUUAUCUAGCAUCCGCUGCUGGUAAUGGAGAAAUAAUAGUAUGGGAUGUGCCAUCUGGUGAAAUAGUAUGGAGGAUUGGAGUUGGUAAAGUGUUAUUUUCGGAUCUGGUGUGGAUAACAAAAGAUGUAUUAUUAGCUUCAUUGACUACUGGUGUUGUCUUAAAAUGUGACACAACGCUGAAUUAUAUAGAUUCCUCCUGUAAAGUAAAUGGAUUUGAAACUCCAUUUUAUCGUCUGAUUUCCUUACAAAUGAUCAACAAUACAGUGUAUACAAUAGGCAUUCCUGAUAAAUCAGGUGGUCUUAAACCAAUAUCUAAGAGAACCAAAGAGAAAGCUCUACAAACAAAAAGUGAACGACAAAAAUCUCAAAAGGAACCUUCACCAUUAUCUAAAUUAUUUUUCCCACAACAUAUUAUUGAUAACAAUGGCAAUUCAAUGACACCUUUACGUGGAUUGAGUUCGUUAAUACCAAAUCCUACUUAUGAUUUUGAAUAUCAAAUAAAUACCAACGAUCAGCUUAAUAAAUCAACAUUGCCAAAUUUUUUGAGCAUGAAUUUAAAAUCUGCACCAUUUAAUUUAUCUGCUGAUGAAAUAUCUAAAUUAAGUUCCGAAUAUCAAUCAAAAAAUAUACGGUUAAUUCCAGCAUCGGAUAUAACUAAUAAUCUUCGAAAUGCUUACCUAUUGCCUGUUCAAAAAAAUAUUCGGACAAGCAAUGCAAACUCUGUAAAUGCCCAUUCAACAAAUGUUCAGUUACCAAGUACAAGUAAAUCACAAAAAUUAAAUAAAACACAUGCACCACCAAAAUCAAAAAUAACAAAAGCAAAACAGCAUAACUUUGGUAACAGUAGUUUAACAAUGCAUACAAGUAUUCAACACAUGCAAAUAAAAACCACUACAGCCCAAGAGCAGCUACAUUUAGAUGAUCAUAAAGACACUAAUAUGUUAGUCCAACAAUAUCUACAAACAAUGGGCACAAGUACUCACAAGCAGCAAACUUCAAACCUAUUGCAAGUUAAACGACCAGGGAUGAGCUCUCCAUUGCUUCAGAAUAGCAUUGUACAGCAAGAUCAGAAAAUGCAGUUACAACACGGCACUGGAAGUAAUAGUAGUGUAGCUGGGACAAAUGUUCAACAGCAACAGUUAUUGCAACAAUCACGGUCUAAUACAAAUUUAACAAAAGGGAAUGUUCAACAGCGCUUAUCCCCACAAACAAAUAAUCGAUCUUCCAAUGUUACUAAACGUUCAUCUUCUAGACAAAGUCCUAAUAAAUCAUCUUCUUUGGAUGACACAGGCACAGGUAAACAUACUCGCAUGCAGUGAUGGUAAUCUUAAAACAUUCAAGCCAUUUAAUGCUUCUGAGCUAAAAUAUAAUAAUUCAAGAUUCAUUAAUAUUUACUACUUAUCAAGACAACAAAAUGUUUUUCAAAAUGUAAUUCUUAGUAUUUUUAA